AAGUAGUCUUUCACAGACACAUAAUACAACUGUUGUUGACAGAACAAACAGAGGAACACAUCAAAUAAAACAGAACAUAAUACAAUAAAGAGACUAUGAAGAAUUCAAUUGUUUUAAUUUUAGUCGUUUUGAUGAUAAUGGGCGCCUUAGCUGAUAAUAUCAAGCGAAUUGGUCAUCACAGUGGAUCUGGAUAUAGUGGACACGGAAUCCCAUCUGGAGGUAAAUUCGGUGGUAUUGGACACCACGGUGGAUAUGGUAGUCAUAGAGUUUCUGGUAUACACGGUGGUAAAGGUCACGGCAGCUCACUUGGCCAUGGUAUUCGAAGCCAUAGUGGAUACGGAAGCCAUAGUGGAUAUGGAGGCCAUAGUGGAUAUUAUGGACACAAAGGAUAAUAACUGUGGAGGCAAACGUGACAAAAAAAUAAAUAUCGUUGAUAGUAUUAAUUCUUUUCUAUUUACUUAUGUUAAUGUAACGUAUAUAAACAUAUCUUGUUUUAUUUCAAGUAAAUUCUGUAACAAAGUGUAAUAGAAUCAUUUUUUUUAUCAUAAAUUGUGAGUAUUCUACUCAAAAAAAUUAUGUGCUAAUGGUGCAAUCUAAUAAAUUGAAAGA